CUGAAGUCAACGAACUGUUGAACUUGGCGGUUCCAAUUUGUGAUUGUGAUAACUAGCUAAAGAACAAAAUGCCUCCCAAAAAGCGCGACAAAGACAACGAAACAAACAAAAAUACCAAAAUAGAUCACCUACAAGCGGACCAUGAGCUAUUUUUGCAAGCAUUCGAAAAGCCAACACAAAUUUAUAGGUUUUUACGAACUCGUAACAUGUUGUCGCCAAUAUUUCUAAAUAGAACGCUAUCGUAUAUGAAAAGAAGGAUGUCUCGGAGUAAUAAAAGUCGAGUAGGUUUUAAAGUAGAUUCGUUGUUAGAAAAAAUUACACAGAAGAAAAGUACUGACUUACAACCAAACAGCCUUGGGGGUUACAUGACAUUAACUUUCCUAGGAUUUUAUGACAAGAGCUUAGAUGAUUCAAGAGAUUACCAAGUGAAAGUAGAAACUUUAUUAUUAAAGAUCUGCCAUAAGAAAAGGAAAGAAAGCUCAUCAGCCAUUGUUGAAGUUUCAGUUGGCAGUUGUUCUGUGCCUCUAAAUCCUUCAUCAUCAGAGCCUCCAGCCAUGGCAUCCGCUGUGAGCAUAGCAAGCGAUACAUUCAGUCCAUCCCAGGGUCCAAAUGUCAAGUCAUACAUGCUCAUGCUAAGAGUAACGAUAACUAAGUCAACAAGUAACACUAAUGGGACAGCUAAUACCACAGAAAUAACCAAUGGGGAUAGUGAUGAACCACUCACAAAGCGCAUUAAGUCCUCUGACAUAAACUCAAGUCCAACAGAUAAUAAAUGGAGCAAGCUCUAUGGAAGUGAAUUGAUUGUCUAUGACAAGCACAAUAGAUGCCUUCUGACAAAUGGGGAAUAUGAUUUGGUCUUACAUGAUGCAACGCCAGGAGGCAGGAGUGCUACUAUAGCUAGAUCACCUCAUAAGGCUUUAAUGGCCCAGUGGGAAACUAUACCUAAUGAAAAUGAAUUGCACUCCGAAACAAAUCCGUUUGACAUAUUCAAAGUCAGACCGCUAUUAAAACUCAAGCUGAGUUGGAGUCAAGAACCCACAAACGGACUAGUGAAUAGACCAAAAUUGUACCAAGCUAAUGAGACUAAUGGAAUCAAAAAGGAAUCCAAUACAAGCAAAGAUAGGAUAUCAACAAAUAAAUGUGGUGCUAGCGAUAAUAAGACAAAUGAUAAAAUAAAAUCGGACACAAGUGAAGGCGAAAGCAAGAGACAACAGAUUAUCUACCAGUUCCUAUACAACAACAACUCAAGACAGCAGACGGAGGCGUGCGACGAUUUACACUGCCCCUGGUGCUCGUUGGAUUGUGGGACUCUGUACUCGCUGUUGAAACACCUUAAAUUAUGCCAUUCGAGAUUCAACUUUACAUACUUUCCGAUCCCCGGCGGCGCGCGUAUCGACGUAUCAAUAAACGAGCUUUACGACGGUUCCUACACGGGCUCCCCCCACGAUCUCAUAGCGUCGCAGGGCCGUUCUUCCGCCAGCGGGCCCCGCGCGGGCCCCACACGUAGGGCCUCGCUCACACACCUGCUGAUUUGGAGGCCCCGGGCUAGAAGACGUCAAACAAGACACAGCCUGGCUGAGUUCUUGGAGCUAGAUGAUAAUGAUAUACUGGAUGCGCAAAGACCGUAUAUUACGGGGCAUAAUCGUCUAUAUCAUCACACGAUAACAUGUCUGCCGGUGUACCCCAACGAGUUAGACAUAGACUCGGAAAGCGAAACAGACCCGUUAUGGCUCCAACAAAAAACCAUGAUGAUGAUAGAUGAGUUCACGGACGUCAACGAAGGCGAGAAAGAACUCAUGAAAAUGUGGAACCUACACGUCAUGAAGUACAACUAUGUAGGCGACUGCCAAAUACCGCUCGCCUGCCAAAUGUUCCUACAAAUGAAGGGAAAGGAACUCCUAGAAAAGAACCUCUAUAGAAAUUUCAUACUCCACAUGAGUUCAUUACACGAUUUCGGGCUGAUCAGCUCGGUGGCGUUGUACCAGACGGUUCAGAUGCUCAACCAAAUGCUCGCUGAUAACGCGGAAGCCAAAGAGAAGAUGAGGGAGUCGUUGAAAGCGCAGCGGGAACACUGGAACGCGGUGGGAAAGUUCCAACAACCAGUUAUCAUAGAACAGAAGCCACAAAGCAACACUGCCAAGUUAAAUGUAGACGCUUCACCAUCAGUGCGAAGGAAAACUUCGAACCUGCAAAAUGCCAAUAGAAUGGCUAGUACUUCUUCUAAUUUCAAGUCGGCAAGUCCGGCUCCCAACGGAGAGAGCAAACGGAAAAUGUCCUCCGGCAGCAUACAGAGCAGGAAACGGUCGUCUAUAUCGGAGAGAAAAAGCUCCGUAUAGCGAAAACUCAGCCUUUGAUCAAAGGACUGGCCCUCUUGAGGCUCUAGUGCAACUUCACGCGAUAAUUUAUUUCCAGUGAUCUGUUUGUGAUUAAAAAAUGUUCAUUGAUUACGUCAAAAUUAUAGAUUCUUUUUAUUACCCGAUUGUGUUAUAUUUAAGUAGUCCAUUAAAUGGAUGGCAAUAGUUAAGUUUGCUAAAUUAUAAUACGUAUUUCUAUCUUCUCUCGAUCGUGGAUCUCUCGCUCAUUAUAUUAUUUGAUACUUUGAAGCAAUAACAUUGUAUUUUUAUUUCACUUCGUCGGCGAAAGUUUGGCUGUUGUUACAAUUGUUACUAGAGUACAGUUGGAUUUUACAAAAUCAAUAACAGUGUUCCGCUCCAGUGAAAUACAAUUACAGAUCCAUUCAAUAGACUGAUCGAAGAAUUGCAUUAAAUAUUUUAAAUGUAUUUAGUUUUCAAUUAAAGUCAAUUUUACAGAAAUAGAUUAAGUCGAAGAAGUGUUUGAAUUUAGAUGAAAUUCGUAGGAAAAUGGAGUAGAUAAUUUGUGCGAUCGUAAUAAGUUUGAAUAUUGUAAUGUAUGUCAGUGUUUAGGUGAAUUGAUUGUGAUGCAGUUGCGUAGCUAUAGGUCUACCAACGUUUUAGUCAAGGGGCAAAUAAAAAUUAUCCAAAUGCACUUAAAAAUCAUGUUUUUAUGCGUAUAAUAUGCAAUAUGCAGGAACGCUCUGAAGCGUAAAUAACUUGAAGGAUUGCUUGCCUAAAGUGUAAAAGAGAUACUGAGUGGAAAUUAUAAAAAAAAGGACAAUGGCAUUAUCAUGUAUUGAAUACAAUAAAAUUCAAAUGGGAUAUUAAACCAAUUUUAUAUGUUUAAGGGGAAUUUAUUAUGUUUCAAUUUCCCGCCGAAUAUCUUUAAAAGAUAUCAAAAUCCUUGUUCAAAUAAAGUUUUGUGUUCAAUAAUGUAGAAUAUUUUUGCAUGAAAAUAUUGUAAAUAAUUGUAGUAUUAUAUGAACAUUAUACAAGUAAAUCUUGCCUAUAAUCGUAUAGUUAAUAGUUAUCUUGACAUUGAUUUAUACUUAAUAUAGAUGUGCUUCUAUAUAUUAUAUAUUUAGCUAUAGCUACGCAUCUGUUGUGGAAAAUAGAAAACAGUGCUCGAAUUAUGAAACUAAAACGUAUUCAUCAUUUUACCCUUAUAAAUAAUUAAGUGAAUGUUUUGCUGUUUGCAAUAUGCAUUGAUAUAGUAUGUGAGAGUGAAUAAAUCGUAAAUUGGAUCGUAUUCCUUUGAAAAUAAAGUUGAAUUUGUCUUAUUUUAGGCAACGUGAUUUAUUAAGGAAAAGUUACAAGCUGGUUUUGAAGUCAUUAGGUUAAUACUAUAUCAAUGAAUUCAAAGUGAAGAGAACAAAGUAUUUGUGACAUUGGAAUAGAUGCGUAAUUUAUGAAAAUUGUUGUUAUUGAGCUAAAAUAGACGAGACGACCAUACAAAUUUUACUUAACGUUUUAACCAAAUGUGAAUAAUUUUCAAGAAAAUAACAUUAUUAUCGAGAUGUGAUUCGACCUCGCGCAAUAAUAUUAAAUCUACAGUUUAUCACAAUUCCUUGUAAUAGAUUUUUUAAAGUCAUAAGUCUAUUUUUAGCUAAGAAUAUCCAGAACGUAGUCCCCGAGUCAUAACCAGAAUACGACAAGACUGCAAUAUUCAUUGCCUUACAAUUCUCAAAGAUUCUGAUAUUAGCAUAAGGAUUAAUAAUAACACUUUACACUUUUACCCACACGACGCGAACAUAGGAUAUGUAUCCUAAGUAUUGAUUAUUUUUCCAUCAAUUUUGUUAUUUUUUGUAUUGUUCCAUUAUAAGUAAUGUUCGAUAAUGAUUUGUACUUAUAAAUGAAAUAUUAAAUGAUUAUUUUGAACAA